AUGACUAAUGAGCAAAGGUUAAUAUUCGAUGAGAUAUUCAAUGCUGUUAUUACAGACUAUGGUGGUUUUUACUUCAUUUAUGAGCAUGGUGGGUAUGGUAAGACAUUUAUUUGGAAUGAACUUUCUUCUGCUAUUUGGUCUAGAGAAAAGAUUGUUUUAAAUGUCGCAUCCAAUAGAAUUGCAUCUUUACUCAUACCUGGUGGCAGAAUGGUUCAUUCUAGAUUUUCAAUACCCAUUAUAAUUACUGAUAAAUAUACUUACAACAUCAAGAAUGGCAGUUUGAAGGCUAAGCUGCUCAUCCAAAAUUAUAGAUAUUUUCAAAGUAGAGAAAUUCUUGCACCCACGUUUGAGAGUGUCGAGAAGGUAAACGAUUUCGUCUUGACAAUCUUUUCAGAGAUGGAAAAUGAGUAUUUAAGUUCUGACACAAUAUGUGAAGCUGAUGGAAAUGAAGAUAUACAACAAGAGUGGUUCAUAUUAGAGUUCAUAAAUGACAUUAAAUGUUCGGGACUACCCAACUAUAAGUUUACUUUGAAGCCAGGAGGAUGUAAUGCUACUGCGAAACAUAGACGAUACUUCAAGUUUAUGCAAUGA